AACAGUGACGUGACGUUUACAAAUUCUUGUUGGUGUGUCGUAAACUGCGAAAAAUUCGCCACGCAGAAUGGGAGACACGCCAGCUUCAGAAUUGGAGUCCAAUAAAGAAAGCCCUAAGGUCGAGAACAACACUGAGCUGGACCGGCGUCCCUUCGGUGGGUUGGAGUUUCAAGUAUCAGAAGUAGUAGGAAGACUAGAAGCCUUAGUGAAUGCUCAAGAUGCACCGGAAGAGGAGAAAAAGCCGGAACCGCGUAAGAUGAGCUCUGGUUUCUUCGAACCUGAAGAAAGUUCUAUGGAUGAGAUUCUAAAGGUUUUAGAGGAUUUGGUGAUAAAAACUGACCCUAAUUCUGAAUGUAUGGAUCCUCCAUUGUUACCUACGGAUGCGGUGACGCGCGCGGCCAUUCUUUCACACAGUAUAUCUGCAUUAUUUGCAAGAUUAGAGAGAUCUCAUGCUAUGAGACUAGGAGCUCAUAUUGCCAGUGAAACCACACGUUGGAUGGCACAUAUGUUCAGAUUGGCAGAUUACAAUGCAUUCUAUCAUCAAGACAACAUGGAAGGCCUGGUGAGAGUCACGAGGAUGUUGCUUCACCACAGAUAUCCAAGAUAUUUAGAAGAUGGAGCAUUGGCAUUCAGCAAUCGCUUGCCUUCAAUAUACAGCUGUGUGGCAAGUCCUUUAGUUAUAGUUCAACACUUGUGCAGACAGCUCAGUCUGCCUCUCGCCUGUGUACGUCCUGUACCUGUUCAUCCCUCAGGUCGAGGUAUGGAUAUUGAAGCGUUAGAACGUCUUUGUGAGGAAGACAUAGCGGCGAACAGGACUCCGCUGUUAGUGCUAGGUGAGGCUGGCGGGGCUCCACUGGGCUGUGGGACUCCACUGCACCCGUUGAGCGCGCUCUGCCGAGCUCAUAAUAUACAUUUACAUGUACGAGGACAUGCAUUAGCUUUACCGGCCGCUACUGCCACUGAGGAGAGUUACAGUGUCCCGGAUUCAGUGGCGCUGACGCCAGGACCGUGGUUUGGAAUUCCAGGAUUACCGACAGUUACAUUUUAUAAGAUCCCAGAAGCGGUCACUGUUAAUGAGCAUUCAAAAUCUGUUAGCACAUCUGUGGGUAGGGAGGGUGCGCUGGCGGCGCUGGCGGGGCUGUGCGGGGGAGCGCGGCUGCCGGCACUGCCGCUGUGGGCUGCGGCGCGCGCUGGGGGAGCUCGUCGCCUGGCUCGGAGGCUGCACGCCGCCUUCCGCUCAGCUCAGGCUGUCCGCGCUAUCGUCGCCGGCGCCGGACUCAGGAUACUGAGUGAAAGACCUGGCGGUGAUGAACCACCGAAUGUCGGCAUUGUUGAUGCGAUAAGUCAGGCGUCCGCGUGCGUGGCGUUCCAGUUCGCACCGGGCGUGGGCGGGACAGAGAAGCCCCCGCCCUACUACGACAAACUCAACUCCUGGCUCGGACAGGUGCUGCAGCGGGAAGCUGACAUGAUAACUAUCGAGGUGUGUGAGAGUGAAUGUUACGGUAUCGUACUCCGCUACUGCCCGCUGGAGGGACACUUGGUGGAGGAGACGCAGCUGGAGACGUGGGCAGGUGUGCUGGACGCGCAGCUGCAGGUGUUGCACGCGACAGUCGCGCUGCGGGAACCAUUCCAGCAGCGCGUGCAGCAGCAUCCCUGUCUGCGUCUCGUGCACGUGCCCGGCUGGGCCGGUCUAGGCGGGGUGAGGUACGUAGGCGCGGGUCGUGAGGGCGCGAGUGCGGAGGAGCUGAAUGCACUAAACCGUCAGCUGGUGGACACGCUCAGACUCACCGAUGGCGCCUUCUCCUGCGGCGAUGGUGACGAUGGCAUGGACUGCAUCAGAUUCGGUAUGGUGACUGCUGACACGGAUGUGGACGAGCUGCUGGAGCUGGUGGUGGCGGCUGGUACAGAUGUGGAGGACAACUCUCGCGCUCUCACAGACAUGACUGAAGUACUCAAAAAGGGUAUAGAGGAGGCUCAGGCGGAGCUGGAGCGUGAUGCAUGGCAGGAGGGUCUACUGCGACGUGUGCCUGUAGUGGGGCGGGUGGUGAGCUGGUGGGCACCCCCCGCACCCCCCACCGGCCGCCGUCUGCUGCUCACACACGGCACACUGCAGCCCACCACCGAUAUAUACAGAUAUGUUUUAAAGAAAGAUAAAGGUGAAGAGGAACCUGCGCGGGCUCAUUCUCCGGCCAGACAACAUGAGCCCUCUAUUAAAGAGGGUCGUUCUGCUGAUUAGCUCAGAAUACACUGGUCAAUGCUAUAAGUAUUAUAAUGUUUUACCGUGCGUCUCCACUGUCGCAAAAUCUAUAUUGUCUCAAAGGAUGGGAAGGGAAUAUAUAGGAAAGGGAAAUAUCCUUUUUGUGUAUUUCUUUUUUG